CGCUUAUUUGAAUAUGUAAUUGCUCACUAUUUAAAAUUGACAGUUCCCCAGUGCCCAUUCUCGAAACAACGUUUCGUUUUUCCUCUCUCUUUCUUCACGGCUUCUGAACACUAACAAUGACUGAUAAUCAUGAUCUUUUUGAAUACAAAGGCUGCAACUUUAUCUCCAAUAUUCACACCACAGAGUAUUUGGAAGAACUGAUUAAUACUGAAAUAAGAGAUGGUGAUGUAAUUGCAGUCACAUAUCCAAAAUCCGGAACUGUGUGGAUGCAACAAAUUUUGACUUUGAUUUUUUCCAAUGGCGACCUAGCCGCUGUUCAAAACAAACUACCUGUAGAACGUGUUCCUUGGGUUGAGGUACCAACGAUGUGCUUUCUGACACUGCCAUCACCUCGUUUGGCUGUCUCACAUUUGCCUUAUCACUUGAGUCCAGAGGGUUUGAAGAAAACUGGAAAAGUUAUUUACAUUUAUCGGAACCCAAAGGACGUGGUUGUGUCUUUGUAUCACUUCCAAAAUUACAUCACCCUCUUAAAAACACCGUCAGGUUUUGGUGAAUUUCUGGAAAUGUUCAUAGAAGGAAAAGUGAUCUAUGGCAGUUGGUUCGAUCACAUCCAGAACUGGUAUGCCCACAGGAAUGAAUUCAACAUCCUAUUUAUGUGCUAUGAGGAAAUGAAACUGGAUCUAAGGACAUCGGUGCAAAAAAUAUGCAAAUUUCUUGGGAAAGAGUUGGACAAUGAAAAACUUGACACCAUUGUGAAACACUGUACUUUUGAAAUUAUGAAAGUGAAUCCGAUGGCGAACUACGAAAAUGUUGAAAGUAAAAGUGAAAAUGGAGCAUUUCUUAGAAAAGGGAUAAUUGGAGAUUGGAAAACUCAUUUUACUGUGGCCCAGUCAGAGAUGUUUGACAAGCUAUUUGAAGAAAGAAUGAAAGACUUCCCUUUGAAGUUCAUCUGGGAUGGCAAAUAACUAGACCUCAAUAUCUAGAUUGGCCUGUGAUGUGUACCUAUUAAUUUUUUUGACAUUGUUAAAUAAAAACCCUAUUACUUUUAUAGAAAAGCAAACUGGUAGAUUGUUGUACGUGGAAAUGAAUAUAUAUUUAAAAGUAAUGAAUUUGGAGAUCUACAGGGGAUGGGCUGGAGAAUCAGGUGAGCUGGGCAGCUCUUUUGGGAGCUGGUACAGACAUGAUGGGUUGAUUGACUCCCUUGGUACUGUAAACCUCUAUGAUUCAAUUAUUUUAUUUAUCUGAACCUUAACCAUAAACACUUAACCUGUGAUAUUAGUCACCCUGUUUCCAGUCAUUGUUGAUCUAGCCUUGUGUUCCGGAUUUUUUUGUCUCAUUCAUUUUUCUAAACUUCCUCUUCUGUGAAAGCCUUCCUUUUGUAUAAAUAUUUCCGAAGUGCACAUACUACAUUGAAUUCAUCUACCUGACCUAUUUACAUCCCAUCAGUUCUAAUCCCUUCACUUGCUGCUAUUAAUUCUUGAUGAUCAGGUCCUAAUGUGUUUUGGGAAUUCAGUUCCUGUUUUUCUAAUAACUUUUCUUGUAACCCCAUUCGAAGAGAUGGUAUUAAUAAUAGGCUGAAUUUUUACCAAAUUUUGUCUAAGUGUCAUUUUCAUUGAGUUAAUAAAAUUCCUGUCUCGUGAGGCCAAACAGAUUUUCUUACAAUAUUGUCACAAACUUUCCUCAUUAACUACCCCAAUUAUCUGAUACUCGCUGUAUUCUACUGAUCGCCACUUGCUGGAUAUUCUGGAUUACACUAACAAUCUUGUGCAAUCUUUAUAUUGCCAUUGCUCAACAAGGUAGGGGCUGGCAUUUUGAGGCUUCCCUGAUGACUGUAUCCCCUUCCAGAGGGCAUGGCAGAUGAGAGGAAUUAUCGCUGCUAUUUGCUGAAAGGGUCCUCAACAUCCUGCUGGAUAGGGUGAUCCAGAGAAGUGACCACCAGAGGAGGCCACAACACCAGAUCCUGUCUGAUCCAGAGUGGACCGACAUUACCAACAGGAUCAGUCUGGUUUCAACCAUCCAGCAAGAUGCCCAGCAGUAUAACAAUAAGGUCAAUGACCUACUCCACUCUGUCAGGGUUAAGUGCCUCUGUUUUCCCUCUGUUACUUCACAUUCACUAUCCUUGCUGCUGCACCCACGUCCCAACAGGGCUCAUGUUACAACUCUCUCUCUUUUGCAUGCAACAUCUUCCCUCACUCACUCUCACCUAACCCAGCCCCCAGUCUACUAACCCUGCACAUCCUCUGCUUUUCCUACAUAGAUUGAACACACACCAUGUCCAAAUUAAACUCGCAGAGCAGCUGCUAACUUCCAUAAAGCAAAACUCUCUUCCUAAAAUCUACAUCUUUACACGUUUGUUCUGUUCCCAUCCUAUUAUUACAAGGCAAGGUUGAGGGUUAACUCUAAGGUGACCAUCUUUGAAAUAUUGUUCACAAAUAUGUCUCCUUUAAAAUUCUUUUGCAGAGAUCAGGUCUUUCCUUUUUACCUUCCUCUGAUCUAGUUCCAAUGACUGGCUUUUACAAUCUUUCCCUUGUCCUCACACAUGAGAGAUGACGCAAAACUGAAAUAAGGCCCAAGAUAGAUUGAUGAUUAGGACUUUGAAGAAGAGAUGCUCUAAGCACCACUCAAGCUAUUCAAGGAAACCAGCCAUUUCUUCCCAGCCUCCACUUGAAAUUGUCAUUUAAAAAGAGGGAGGAAGUAAACAUAUUUAUCAUGAGCAAGGAGUUUUCCCAUUAGGUUCCAUGCUCCUACUCAAUUCAUUUCCCUGCAUUAUGUCAUCUUUUAAUUGUACUGAAAUGCUGAUAAUGACCUAAACACAGAAAAUGCUUCUCCUUAUACCAGCAGUGAGAAACUGUCACCUAUUUCUGAACUUGAAUUGUCUGGUCAGAAACUGAACUGGCAAUCCCAACCAGGAAAUCAACGCUAAAAUAGUAACAUGAACCACCCACAUAGCACAAAUUAAAAUAACAUGAAUACAAACAAAAUCAAGCAUAUGUAUUCAAGAAAAGGCCCAGCAACAAUGAUCUGAUCAAUAAACUGACAGUGGAAACGAACAAAAAACAAGUUUUAUCAAAACUUGAAAUGUUUGAAUAAAUGCUGAGGAAGGGGACUUUGUAUCCAAAAUGCUGAGUAAUUUCAACCACUCACAGUUUGGGUCUUCGAUGCCGCUCUGUGAUAAUAUUUUCCCCGUCUGUCAGAUGGUUCAUGGUUAUGUUAUGGAGAUUGUGCUGUCAGUGUUUCAAUUUAAUUAAGUUUUGAAGGUUAAUCGGCUUUCAGAUUCAUGCCAGGAUUUAUAACACCAUAAACCACGAUCAGGCACAUCUGAUACCUUGCUGUCAUUACCAGGUAUUUCAAGUUCCAUUCCAGAAACUUGAAUACAAAACUGAGGACGACACUUCAGUAUAACAGUAAGGGGUGUGAUGUGCUGACAGUGGCUCUAUCAUUUGGGUAAAAAGUUUAACUGAUGCUUCACUUUCAGUUUCAAAGUAUAAGCUCCUACGGCAGCAUUUAAAGAGGACCAUAGACGUUCUGGUCAAUACUUAGGCUGCCACUAACAUCACUAUAAGAGAUAAUCUGUUUGUUUUUGCACUGCUGCUUACUGGGGCUUGCCAUGCACAAAAUGCUUCCUUGUUUCAUACACUACAACAGAGAUUACACUUCAAAAGUACUUCACUGAUUCAAAAUGUUGGGGGUGAGGAGGAUGAUGUUUUUUUCUCAUAAAGGGCUCUAUUUAAAUGUAAUUUUUAAAAAUAAUUUGCAGGAAUGAUUUGAAAGAUUAGUAAAUCAGUUAUUGCAUAAUAAUUCAUAUAUUUUAUGCUUGCAUUUAUAUGUCACUCAUCAUUUAUGGCACUAAAUCAAAACGUUGCUCAGGUAGCUAACAGGGAAUAAGAUGUGGCAUGUGAACAAAUAUUGCAAGAUAUUGAAAAAAAAGUUACAUAUAAUAGCAUCAGUUAACUUCUAAUUGUUGUCCUGAUAUACUGUAUGUUUAUUUUUUUCUGGACAUUUAAAUAAAUCAGAUGACUCAUACUUAUGUGGUA